UCCUCUUCCAGGGGUGGGGGUGGUGACGUAGUUCCGUUUCCCGGCAGCGGGACGCGCAGCGCCAUGGCCGGCAUCAAAGCUCUGAUCAGCCUGUCCUUCGGGGGAGCGGUGGGACUGAUGUUCCUGAUGCUGGGCUGCGCCCUUCCUCAGUACAACCAAUACUGGCCACUGUUUGUUCUGUUCUUUUACAUCCUUUCCCCUAUCCCAUACUGCAUAGCAAGAAGAUUGGUAGAUGACACAGAUGCUACGAGUAACGCCUGCAAGGAGCUGGCUGUAUUUCUUACAACAGGCAUUGUUGUCUCAGCAUUUGGACUGCCUAUAGUGUUUGCCAGAGCAGAACUGAUUUACUGGGGCGCAUGUGCACUUGUUCUUACGGGGAAUACAGUCAUCUUUGCUACGAUCCUAGGAUUUUUCUUGGUCUUUGGCAGCAACGAUGACUUCAGCUGGCAGCAGUGGUGAAAGGAAGAUAGAGAACUAUCACAGACAUCUUGUCAUUCAGUGGCCAUCCAUACAAAUGAGAGAAUGGGCAAUAAAGAGAAGUAGUGUAGCAAGCCUCUCCAGUAUUCUAGACACUCCUUUUUCACCUUGUUUGUUCUGAGUGUACUACCGUUUUGCUGAUGGGUUUCUAAGUUUUUAUCAAGUAAGGAGAUAGCCGAUUUCAUUUUUACCUUUAGUAUGUUUUAGGUGGUCUCUUAGUUUGUCAUUCUUGUUCUGUUCAGUGUUUAUGUGAAGCUUUAAUGCUGAAACAAGAAUGUUAAACUUGCUUUGAAACCAUGUUUUAAAGUUGUUUCAUUUUAGCAUUAAUACAGUGCUUCAUUUCUUCUAAUGUGGCGAUUAAAUUAUAUACAAACUGAACUAAGGUAAGCAAUUGUACACCACCACUGUCAGUUACAGAUACACAGCUUGUUAUGAUUUUAGAAGAGGCAAGGGUGGGUGUGUACCAGUUACAGACUUUUUCUUCUGCCCGUACCUCAAACUGGGUGAUGAAUGUUGGUAGCCUCCAUUUAAGGAAAAGGCUGAGAAGCAGGUGGAGUUAUUUGGGAAAAGUCCUCAAUUUAAGCACCGCUAGCACUUUACCUGCUUCGUUAUCGAUUUUUGUGUGGAUGUGACAUUCAAAUACUCUGUAAAUGUGGUAAUAUUAUGACAUGCAAAACCAAAUUGCGUUGUAGGGGGAGGGGAAAAAUGAUAUAUAAAUUCCAUUUUUUUUAAAACAAACAUCUUUUGAAUUCUAUUUAUAAUUGUUGUAUUGUUUUGAGCUUUUAUGUCAGCUUUUUACCAUGAAGAGGGUAAAAUGUUCAUUUAUGGAACUACUGCUACAUGUUAAUUUGAAGCAUAUACAAAACUCUUCCCCUUCCUCUUUUUAAUUUAUUUUAUACAUACUAUGAAUGGAAUAAAACUUUUCAAAUGUAAAUUAAAACUUUAUGUUAAACUUGUUUAAGAAUUUUUUUUCUUCCCCCCCUCUACACACACUUUUAUUCCUUCACACAGUGCUGCUGAUGUAUGACUUUUGGAAGUCACUGGCUGAACUGGCUUUACUGACUGUUCAUAAGUUCUUACGUGCUUUGAGUUAAUAAGAUUUAAUGUCAUGCCUGUAAUUUAGACUUGCGUUCUGUAAGAUUACACAUGUAUCUUCAAGUACUUAAGACAUUUUUAGCAUACCUCUCAACUGUCUGGAUUUUUUCAUUAAAGACAUUUGCCAUUAGACAUUUCAUCUUGAGGUAGUGAACAAGUGCUAGUUAACCAAGUUCAGUUGUACCACAAACACUGGUAAACUUGACCAAACCUACUGCUAAACUAUAUUUUAAAAAGUUCUAAGAAAUUUACUGUGCAUAAAAGCUGCUGAUUGCUUAGAUGUUACAUAACAGUGGAGCAGAAUGAAAAGGCAAAGGAUAGCAGGCCUUAGCUGUAAUGUUUGUACACAGAUGUAAAUAAAAUACAAAGCUUGAGUAUCUGAAUACAAAUAGUAAUCAUGGCAACUUGUUUGAUAUGACCAUGAAACUUCUACCAGCAAGUAGGGGCAGCACUGCUACUUUGUUAAUGUCAUCCUGUGUAUAAAAUCAGAGCUCAAUUUUAUCCAUACCAGUAGAGGAAUAAAUAGGUGUCAAGUGCAGAAGCCAGUCAGCACCAGGAAAUAUUUCAGCCAUGACUAAGUGCUUCAUCAAACUGGCUGCAAUGGUGACAUUCAAAGAUGAUGAAGGGCUGUGAAAUCAUUCAUUUCCUGACCUUUUUUGAUGACACUUCUGCAUCUCCAACCCCCAAGCAAUAGAUUCUUCAAAAGAAUGUUCCAAACUACUGGCUAAGUUGGCAGUCUUCGCUCUUCCAAAGGAGGAAUGCUUCAGAUUGGCACAAAUCUGAGUUUACUGUCUCCUGGUCUGUGGUUAGUAGGAUUGGUGGGAUCAAUCACAGUUCCUGUGCUGCUAGCCUGCUUCUCAAAGGUAAUGCUACUCAGAAUUUCCAGGCUGUAGAACCAUCCGUGUCCUUGUUGGACUUUUUUUGUUUGUUUGUUUUUUAAAUGUUGCAGCAUGACAUUCUUUCACUUGCACACCAACUUCACUCAGCCCAGCUCUGCUUUAUGAGCCAACAGUUGAGAGGCGUGAUCUUCCCUCAUAGCAGGCACUGAGACAGCAUUGCCACCCUAUACAGCUUUGAACAACAAUUUUAAAUGGCAGUCCGAGUUCUAUACAUUUAAUCCAGAAAUACUCUCACAAUAAAGAGUGUUUUGUUUCAAUUA